AUGGAGAUUUUCAGGAAGCGAAGACGACAGAUCGACGAAGAAGAACAACUUGUUUCCCCUGGGUGCUGCCAUAAUCCCAAAAGGGUGAGGCACCAGGGUGAUCAACGUGGGACAUACCACCCUUCAGCUGGGGACCCAGCACUUCAAAAUGAGCCUUGGAACACCUUAGCUCACAUAGGCAUUGGCCUAGAGACCUUCAAGGAGUAUGGGGAAGACGCCUACAUGUACAACAAGAGCCUUGAAGAGAGAUUUAUGGCUUUGAACUUUCUACAAAGUCAGCCAGAAAUCACCUUGGCGUCAUGGUAUGAGUUCACCAGCCUGCUUGUCUUCAUGCACAGACGCCUGAAGUUGGACUUUAGGUCUCUGUGCUUGACUGUCAACCUUCUGGAGCGGUUUCUUGCCUGCACUGCUCCCAUCAAGACCACCGACCUGAACAGAGUAGGAGCCACUUGCUUCAAUAUAGCCUACAAGUUAGUGGAGAAACAGCAAUUCAGCCUAUGGAAUUGCCUAAUACUCUUUGAUGACACCUUUACAAAGAAGGAAAUUAACCAACUGGAGCGAGUCAUCAUUUGCAGAUUGCUUUUUGAACUGGCGGCACCGACCAUCGAUGACUUCUUGGAGCAUUUCACCCUCCAGAGAGUAGCCAGCCAGAAGAAGCCUGUAGCUGUCAAGCAGACAAAAGAAGCCAUUGCCCUGACGGCUGCUAGAGGCAUCGCAGCACUGAGCCUGACCCACCAUCAUGAGUUUUAUACUUAUGCACCCUCCAUGAUGGCUCUGUGCUGCCUGAAAGUAGCCACAAAAUUCUACCCUUCAGGCAAACCAAUAAACGUGGAUCCUGCUGAAUACCCAGACCACAUAAUGGAAGAGUGUGUCGGGAAGAUCAUCGCUCUGAUAUCAUCCAGGCAGAGCUUUUUACACAUGCUGCUUCCAGCAGUGUUUCCAAGAAGAACAGCAGAGGAGACAGAGACAAGCGCCUCCCAGAAAGAACCCGAAGGUGGUGAGGCAGAAAACAUCCAGGCAGGAACAGGGUUCUGA